ACUGUAUCACAGGGAAGGGUUCAAAUGAAACCGUCGAGAGCGCUCGAACGUGUCAAACUCAAAGGAAAGAGUUUGGAUAACGCAUUCGUAUUGUAGUCGUGGUGCCUUCUGUUUCCAACCAAUCAGGAGAUUUCUGACGCGCGGGGUUCUUUUAGCAGUAGCUGAAAAAGACAUUCUCGAUUAUCAACGCAAACAGAAGCUACUCCGCAAGAGAGGCACCUCGCAAGCCCUCCACAAACUGACCUAAAAAGGAAACCAUGGCGAGUGUGUUGUCGUUCCUAGUCGCAAUAUGUUUUGCGAUCCAGUUUUCAGCAGCCCGUCAAUACCACUAUAUGGACCAGCUGCGCAUGUCUCGCGCGCAUGUCUACGUAGGAAAUGCGACAGAAAUCUGCCAUCUUCUCAAAGAUGAAGGACUCUGCAAGGGGUUCUAUCCCAAGUAUUUCUAUGAUACGAGUGACGGCCAAUGCAAAGAGUUCAUCUAUGGAGGCUGCUAUGGAAACCUCAACAACUUCGACACGUACAACGAGUGCAAGAAGGUUUGUGGGGGAACCUCGAGAAAAUAUGGGCCCAAGUCGUCUGCGCGUGGUCUUGCCUCGGAUGCUGAAUCGGAUAAUCCUGCUAUCUGUGAGCUGCCGAAAGAACAAGGAAUGUGCGACGACUUCGUGAUCAGGUUCUAUUACGACCUUCAGGACAGGAACUGCGAGCCAUUCGUCUACAGUGGUUGCCAAGGAAACGAAAACAACUUCGAGACGUUCGAGAUGUGCGACGCUACUUGCGGAAGAAAAAGCACAAUUGACAUUUGUCAUCUAAGCCCGGAUAAAGGACCCUGCAAGGGAUACUUCCAGAUGUUUUACUUCGACCCCGAAACGAAAAGCUGCAAGAAAUUCAUCUACGGCGGUUGUCAAGGAAACGGGAACAACUUCGAGACGCAGGAUGAGUGUAUCAUUGCAUGCGAAGGAAAUCCAGAUGAGCUGAGUGAGUAACCUUCUGCACAUGGCUGACGAGGGGAAAGAAAAGGUUCUUGCAAUAAAGCUCAAAAUGACCUGAAUGAA